AUUUCUUUAUUUAAUUGCAGAUGCUGGGCACAGCAUUGCUGGGGAAGCGUACACCAAAGUCUGUUAAAAAGAAACCUUUUACAGAUGUGGAAUUAUCAGAUUUACGCACAGCUUUUGAUCUACUAGACAGAAAUCGUGAUGGCCGUGUUACGGCAAAUGAACUCCAGUUUAUGCUGAAAAAUCUCGGCAUUAAUGUACGAGAUGAAAUCAUCAAUGAUCUGAUUCGAGAGGCCAGUCAUUCGGGUAAGUUUAAAAAAAAUGGAAAUAUU